UGGAGGCGUCGUCGCCUAGACGCGUCACUCGUUGAUAACGCAAAACUCUACCGCUUGACUUGAUAGGAACACCAUACCGAGAGAAAAAACAAAACAACGGAAAACAAGGCAACAGGCACCGGUCACACGCUGCACAUUUAUGCCAUUGCCAUGAAAUGAGGGCACCAUGGGCGCCAAAGAGUCACGGAUAGGCUUCCUUUCGUAUGACGAGGCCGUUAAAAGAGUUACCGAUGUGGAGCUCAAACGUCUGCGAGAUGCCUUCAAGAGGACCAGUGGCCUGUCUGUCUAUAUGACCCAGCAAUGCUUCUACAGGGAAGUACUGGGCGAUGGAGUUCCACCAAAAGUUGCAGAGGUGAUCUACACCUCUUUUGGUGGCACAUCUAAAGGGCUACACUUCAACUACCUGAUCGUCGGGCUGGUUCUAUUAACAAGAGGACGCGAUGAAGAGAAAGCCAAAUACAUCUUCAGCUUGUUCGCUAGUGAUUCGGGAGCCUAUGUGGUUCGGGAGGAUGUGGAGAACAUGCUGCGUUCAGUGGAUGGGGAGGUCCCGCCCUCACUUAGGAAGUGCUUCACUGAGGGAGAGAAAGUGAAUUAUGAGAAGUUUAAGAGCUGGCUCCUGCAGAAUAAAGAUGCUUUCACAUUCUCCCGCUGGCUGCUGUCAGGUGGCGUGUGCGUCACGUUGACCGACGACAGCGACACACCCACCUUCUAUCAAACCCUGGCAGGUGUCACACACUUAGAAGAAUCGGACAUUAUCGACUUGGAAAAGCGCUACUGGUUGCUGAAAGCCCAAUCAAGGACAGGCCGCUUUGAUUUGGAAACCUUUGUCCCUCUGGUCUCGCCCCCUAUUCACGCAUCGCUAAGUGAAGGCUUGUUUCAUGCUUUUGAUGAGAAUCGGGACAAUCAUAUUGACUUUAAGGAGAUAUCGUGCGGGCUCUCAGCUUGCUGUCGGGGCCCUGUAGCGGAGAGGCAGAAGUUUUGUUUUAAAGUGUUCGACAUAGAUCGGGAUGGAAUUCUGUCCAGGGAUGAGAUCCACGAGAUGGUGGUGGCGCUGCUGGAAGUGUGGAAGGAUAACCGUACAGAUACCCUCCCCGAGUUUGAUUCCAGCGUGUCAGACAUUGUAGAGGACAUACUGAAAAUGCAUGACACAACAAAACAAGGGCACUUAACCCUGGAGGACUAUCAGAUAUGGAGUGUGAAAAGUGCCCUCGCCAAUGAGUUCCUCAACUUGCUGUUUCAGGUGUGUCAUAUUGUCCUGGGCCUGCGUCCUGCCACCCCUGAAGAGGAAGGCCAGAUCAUUAGGGGUUGGCUGGAGCGGGAGAGCAGGCAUGGGCUACAACCCAGUCAGAACUGGUUUCUGAUCUCCAUGCAGUGGUGGCAGCAGUGGAAAGACUAUGUCAGAUAUGAUAAUAAGUCGAUUGUCGUAGAGCAGCCAUCAAUGCAGGGUAGUGGGAUGAGAAGUUCUCAGUCUACGGCACCUAUAGAGCCUGUCCUGAACAGAAUUGGAAUAGUUGUACGUUCUCCCAGUUCCCCGGAGGAGAAAUUCCCUGACAACAUCUCCAGCUCAUCGGAGGCCUCAGAGAGCACCGGUAAUAGCCUGACCCCACACAUCAGUUCUUCUGCCACAGACGUCUGCUUUGCUCGGCAGCAAAACGUCUCUGACAACAACAACCAGUGUUUCUCCAGCGCCAAUGGCCAUUUGCCCAACAGCAUGGCCGCGCAAAGGCCUGGUGCCAUAGACAACCAGCCUCUGGUGACCACCGAGCCCAUGAAGGCGCCCACGCUGACUAUGGAAGGAGGACGGCUGAAGAAGUCCCAACAGCUGUUGGCUAGCCGGGACUUUGAAACUGUGCCAGAGCCAGUAUGGAGGGCACUUUAUCACUGGUAUGGGGCCAACCUCAGCCUCCCCCGACCGGUCAUCAUGUCUACAGUCACGGCUCAACCAGAACUAGAGCUCUUCCCCCGCUACCUUCUGUUCCUGCGACAGCAACCGGCCACACGCAGCCCUCAGUCUAACAUCUGGGUCAAUAUGGGAAAUGUUCCUUCUCCGAACGCCCCUCUGAAGCGAGUGCUGGCAUACACGGGCUGUUUCAGCAGGAUGGGCACCAUUAAAGACAUUCAUGAGUACCUGUCCCAGAGGUUACGCAUCAAAGAAGAGGACAUGCGCCUCUGGCUCUACAACAGUGAGAAUUACCUCACUCUCCUGGACGAUGAAGAUCACACUUUAGAAAGUUUGAAAAUUCAAGACGAACAGCACUUAGUCAUUGAGGUUCGAAACAAAGAUAUGAGCUGGCCAGAGGAAAUGUCUUUCAUUGCAAACAGCAGCAAAAUCGACAGACACAAAGUUCCUACUGAGAAAGGCGCCACAGGUUUGAGUAACCUGGGUAACACAUGCUUCAUGAACUCUAGUAUUCAGUGUGUAAGCAAUACCAAGCCCCUCACUGAGUACUUCAUCUCAGGUCGACACCUUUAUGAGCUUAACAGAACCAAUCCGAUAGGAAUGCGUGGUCACAUGGCCAAAUGCUAUGGUGAUUUGGUACAGGAACUCUGGAGUGGCACCCAGAAGAACGUUGCACCUCUAAAACUCCGGUGGACGAUAGCAAAGUAUGCUCCAAGAUUCAACGGCUUCCAGCAGCAAGACUCCCAGGAGCUCUUGGCCUUCCUCUUGGAUGGGCUUCAUGAAGACUUGAAUCGCGUGCAUGAGAAGCCGUACGUGGAGCUUAAGGAUAGUGAUGGACGGCCAGAUCAUGAAGUGGCCACAGAGGCCUGGGAAAACCAUUUGCGGAGAAAUCGUUCAAUUGUGGUGGACCUCUUCCAUGGGCAGCUCAGGUCCCAGGUGAAGUGCAAGACCUGUGGCCACAUCAGCGCCCGCUUCGACCCCUUUAACUUCCUAUCGCUGCCGCUGCCCAUGGACAGCUCCAUGCACUUAGAAAUCACAGUUAUCAAACUUGAUGGCUCUACUCCGGUCCGGUACGGGCUCCGUCUCAACAUGGAUGAGAAAUACAUGGGCCUGAAGAAACAGCUAAGUGAGCUGUGCAGCCUGAAACCUGAGCAGAUCCUACUGGCUGAGGUUCACACGUCCAACAUCAAGAACUUUCCUCAGGACAACCAGAAGGUGCGACACUCUGUGAACUGCUUCCUCUGUGCAUUUGAAAUCCCUGUGCCUGGCUCACCCACCUCAGUCACCUCUCCAGUGCAAACAGAAAAAGCACCUAUAGCCAAUGGGACAGCAGGAAACAAUCACACUGGAAAGUCUGGCCUGAUUCCCAAUGGCAUGCCCAGCACAGUGGUCCCCUGCACCCCCGAGAAGCCCCUUGCCAAUGGUAUCCCUAAUGGUCACGCUGUACUGGUCCAAGAGAGCCCCUUCAUUGGCUACAUCAUUGCCAUGCACAGAAAGAUGAUGCGGACAGAGCUGUACUUCCUGUCCUCUCAGAAGAACAGGCCCAGUCUGUUUGGUAUGCCGCUUAUUGUGCCGUGCACUGUGCAUACGAGUAAAAAGGAUCUGUAUGAUGCCGUGUGGAUCCAAGUGUCCAGACUUGCCAGCCCUCUGCCCCCACAGGAAGCCAGCAACCAUGCUCAAGACUGUGAUGACAGUAUGGGCUACCAAUACCCCUUCACUCUGCGGGUGGUGCAGAAAGAUGGUAAUUCCUGUGCCUGGUGUCCCUGGUACAGGUUCUGCAGAGGUUGCACAGUGGACUGUAAUGAAGACAGAGCAUCUUUGGGGAAUGCCUACAUUGCUGUAGACUGGGACCCCACCGCCCUGCACCUUCGCUACCAGACAUCUCAGGAAAGAAUAGUGGAAGAGCAUCCCAGUGUUGAGCAGAGUCGGCGUGCUCAGGCAGAGCCCAUCAGUCUGGAUAGCUGUCUGAAAGCCUUCACCAGUGAAGAAGAGUUAGGGGAGGAUGAGCUCUAUUACUGCUCCAAGUGUAAGACCCACCGCCUGGCCACCAAGAAGCUGGACCUCUGGAGGCUGCCUCCCGUACUGAUUGUUCAUUUGAAACGCUUCCAGUUUGUCAAUGGUCGGUGGAUUAAGUCUCAGAAGAUUGUGAAGUUUCCACGCGAGAGCUUUGACCCCAGUGCGUUCCUGGCCCCGCGGGAGGUAACUCAGAGCAUGGGCAGCUUGCAGAGCCUCCAGAGCGAAUGCCUAGUAGAGGAGCUUCAGAGGCUGGAGAGAGGAGACUCCUCUGUGUCCUCCAUCUCCACUACUACUGUGGCCAGUCCUCCCACCUCUGGCAGAGGCACCCCGUGCUCCAUCAGGAGGGUGGGCAGCCCAUUGAGCAGAAACAGCAGCCCUGGCAGCAGCCCCAGGAGUACGGGACGGAAACAGGGGCGUCUGCGUCUUCCCCAGCUGGGCAGUAGACAUCGACUCUGCAACAGCAAAGAAAACCUGGAUGCCUGUAGCAAGGAGAGCGAGACAGAGCCAGAACAUGGCACAAUAACAGACGGGGAGAAUCAGAUUCCAUCUGAUACGAAUGCACAAGACACCUGGUCACUGGACACCUCAAGCAACGACUGCGAUGUCAUUAUGGUGAAUGGACUGGGACAAGACAGCAGUCAGAGUAAUGGACACACAGAGGUCAGCGCAGACCUGGACACCCCUCACCAAAGAAAUGACAUCUUCCUGGAGCCCGUGUACAAUUUAUAUGCAAUCUCAUGCCAUUCAGGAAUAAUGGGAGGGGGGCACUAUGUGACUUAUGCUAAAAACCCCAAUGAAAAAUGGUACUGUUACAAUGACAGCAGCUGCAAGGAAGUUCACUCGGACGAGAUUGACACAGAUUCAGCUUACAUCCUGUUCUAUGAGCAACAGGGAGUGGACUACUCGCAGUUUCUGCCAAAAACAGAGGGCAAAAAGAUGGCAGACACCACAAGCAUGGAUGAAGACUUUGAAUCUGACUACAAGAAGUACUGUGUGCUGCAGUGAUGCCAUGCUCUUCCACAUUAAAGACACUAGGGGGGUCUGUCAGUAUGCCAGUGCAAUGAGAACUGAAACGGCAGAGCCGCCCCAGAGGACCAUCAUUUGUGAAAGCACAAAAUAUCAGUUAGCCGACAGGCACAACACCGCCGCUGACUGCGCUUUCCGAAUUGAGGUACCUGACACUUCAGAUACACGAGGGAGAGGGCGAAUGAGUGAAUCACAGAGAACUGUAGCGAUCAUGUGAUUGUUGCCAAGCAAACAAAUAACUGUAAGCCAAUCCCUUGAUAUCACCAUAACCAAACAGACAAAACUGCUCUUUCACACGCCAACCCACACAGGUGAAUCCAAAAAUCGCAUAACAAGAGCUGUAGUGCUAAAUUUCGGAACAGAACAGAUUCUUUUAAUUAGGAAAGUGAUGGUGAAGAUGGUGUUGGUAUAAAUUAGAGAGCCCUAAAGGUUUUGUUGUCAUAGUUGAUUUUUUUUCUACAGUAAUUUCCAUACACUACCUCACAUCUUUUGCAAUUUAUUGGCCAACUGUUCAUAGAAAAUUAGUGUGACAGUAUUAUAUCAUCUGACAGCAUUUGAAAUUAAUUUAUGGAAGACAAAAUUCACUUUCCAAAAAAGAAAAUUUCUACCACUUAAUAGAAUAUCCUCCCACUCCUCCGCUGCCAAAUUAUACAUAUGCUUUUUUGUUUUUUGUUUUAAAUCUAUUUAAGCGGGUUAUUUGCAGACUUGAUUUUUUUUUUUUUUUAGACGAAUAAUGUAUCUUUUUUUUUAUUUUUGUAUACAUUUAUUUUUAUCAAUGUUUUUUUUUUUUUUAAUGCAGUAGUUCACUUUGCCUAAAUACAUCCGCUUACUGCUUUAGUCUUAGCAGUCUGAUCAAACCACGUCCUCUCAACAGAAGCACAGCUUUUUACGUUUUCCUGUUACCAUUGUAUUUUUUUUUUUUUGCUUCACAAAAUACUGUUGACCGCAGAGACUAAAAACUGCAACCAGAUACAUAUCUGAUUGUUUUCUCACGUGUCCAAGCCAAAGUGUUCUAAUGGUCAUAAUGUACAUUAUCUGUGGAAAGCAUUGAAUACUGUUAGACAAGAGCAAAUAAGGUCUGUUGUGUGAACAGUAUUAGCACUGAAGAAUUAUUUCACAACCCUUGCUUUUAGAGAACAGCAUUCUCACUAAACUGCUGAAGGUUCUGGACGUCUGUGUACCAGGUUAUUAGUAGCAUUUCUUUAGUGACUCUUGAUAAAAGAGCCCAACUUAAUAACCACUGUGAAAAGAUGUAUGAAAUAUUGAAUGGCUCUUAUUUUUCAGCAACUCAUCAACUGAAUGAGUUCCUCCUGUGAGGGGACGUUAAACCCUUGGAAAUCAUCGGGAAUCAUUCGCCCGCACCCAUUUUGCUGCUGUACUUUUCAGAUUUCCAUGGAUAUUCUAAAUGUUAGCCAUCAAAGAAAGGUUUAUCCCUGUCAGAAAAAGAAAUGUUUGUGAAAUAAACACAGCUGUAUUACUGUAAGGCAAUUAUUAAUCACCAUAAUGAGUAAUGCAAAUAUGAUAUAUGGACUGUAAACAGUUUUUAGGUAUUUUAAUGUUAAAAAAAAAAAAUAGAUAUCCAACAUCCAAAAUCAAAUGAUAUCACUCUUCUCAAAUUAAAAUUGGCUGUUUGGUGAAUUACAGUUACAGUAACCACAAACAUGCUUUAAUCGUUCACUUUUUUUCUUUUUUUUGAUACAGGGAUAAUUUAUUAAAACUGGCAAAAUUAUCUCUUUUCAAGUAGUGCAAUCAACUACUGAUGUGUGUCUUUGUCUGUCGUUAGUCCUAAUUUUGUUAAAUUAAUUUUGAUGAACUGCUAGAGAUGUAUUAAUUUAAUGAACUUUAUUUUGUAAAGUGUUGUUUAAAGAAUAAAAUUGACAUUGCACUGACAAAUGUACAUAAAUGUUUUGUAAAUACGCCAAUGAAAAUGAACUGUACAAAUGUACUUGUAGUUGUAUAUGGAGUGAUACUGUUGAUCUGUAACAAUUAUUCAAGAAACAAAUUAAAUGCAGCCAAAUGCGA